AUGUUUUUUUGGUUUCGUCGUGGUUAAACCUUUGUGCCUGGAGCGUGAAACUCAUCAGCUGCAGAGACUGAAGGAGAUUUACUCUAGAGGGGAAACUUUGACUGUCAGUUCGUCCUCUAAACGUGCUGGUUUUGGCCUCUUAUAGUCUCAGAUUGUCAUUAUAAGAGUCUGACAACAUCAGAAUCGAAAGUGAAAGCGUCUCCGGGGCUCAGUGUGUCGGUGAGCUCAGACCGGACGGCAGCAUGGAGGGACCCGACGGGACCGAGUGUCCGCCCGUGACCGUGGAGGGGGCCUGGAGUCCGGAUCAGACCAAGACCGUGAGGAACAAACUGCUGCUGUACUUCCAGAGCAAGAAGAAGUCCAGCGGGGGGGACUGCCGGGUGGAGGCCGAGGACGGAGCUCCGACGGCCGCCGUGUUCUUCCGAUCCGAGCAGGUGAGGCAGCGAGUCCUCGCCCGGCAGAACCAUCAGAUCGUCGUGGGGAACCAAACCAUCCAGCUACGACUCACUUCUGCUGCAAGUCCAACUAACAGCGACGACGUUUCAGAUUCAGCGAAAGAUUCAAAGACUCAGAAGUCGGAAGCCGAACCUGAAAAUGGAGCUUCUGCAGAGAACAAAGAGGAGUCUGUUCAGAGCGCCGCGGUGGUGUUGGACAACGUUGGAGACAACAUGUCCACAGACCUGCUGUCCAUGCUGGUGGAGAACGUGUCGGGUUUGGACGAGAGCCGCUACAGUCUGGAGAUCAUCUGGGAGGCCAACAGAGCCGUGGUGACCUUCAGCAAACCGGCAGAUGCAGAGAGGUUCCUCACUGUGAGUCAGUCCAGUCAGAAGCUGCAGAAACGCGGACUGACCGCCCAGCCACUGGAGGCAGCAGAGAGCGUGCGAGUGGAGAGUCUGCCUCCACAGGUGGUCAAAGACAUGUUGGAGAUGUAUUUUGAGAAGAGCUGGGCGCUGCCAGACGAUAUCACCAUGAUCCCCAAUGAACAGGCUGCCAUCGCAAAGUUCAACAACCCCAAAGUUGUGGAAAGCAUUUGUAUGAACCGAGAUCAUCUGAUGCGGUCCAUCCCUGUCGGGGUGUAUCCGUACUACGAGUCCCUGGGGACGGCUUUGUACGGUGAAGAACGCCCAACAUGGAAGAUGCCCGAGCCCUUCACAGAGAGCGUUCACCACGUUGUCUGGAAGUUCCUGCAGAUGAAGAAACUGUCUGAUAGCAUCAACGAUCAGAUGCGUCCGUAUUUCUGCAGUGUGGACUUGGAGACCCCUGAGGUGAAACUCAGCCCUCUCCCGAGCUUCUUGAGGCAGAAAGGCCUGACGGCCGAACGCGUCGCUGAUUGGCAGAAAGCCGCCCAAGUGGCCUUUCGUGAGCAAAUGUCUGAGUACACGGCCUUCGACUGUCAAGUGAACGCACAUGCAUGGAAAGCUGCAGAGAAAGAAGUCCGCUUGGUUGUCCAGGAAGACGCCUGCCUGGUGUUGGAUGCGUCCAGGGGGAUUGUGGCCGCGGCUGGUCGAGCCGACGAUAUCAAACGAAUCAGGGCUCCUGUGGAGAACAUCGUCCUCAAAGCCAUGAGGCAGGUGAAGCGGCAGACAGACAGUGUCUCUGAGCUCAUGGACAUGUCCCCUUCAAUGUUCUACAUCCUGCAGCAGGAGGGCCUCCAGAAAGCUUCCCAGGACAUUUCCCCUGACAUGAACCUAGACUUUGACCAAGGUGCCCAGAAGUUAACCAUCAAAGGACUCCCUGCAGAGGUUUUCCAGACCAAGUCGUGGAUCUUGGAGAAGAAUGUGGGGAUGAGUAAAAAGCAGCUGAAUGUCCCGCCACAUCUUCUGGACUUUCUCAAGACUGUGGAUCCGAUGGAAAUGUCCCAGGAUCUGUUCACAUCCCAUGGCAUCAGUGCCAUCUACAGCAUUGAGAAUAAAGGGGUUUUCCUAAUGGGGAGUUCUGAGAUCGUCCUCACCGCCGCAGAGAAUAAGAUGAAGACGGUUUUGGCCGUUCAGACUCUCGAUGUCGAAGAUCCAGAAGUCCUGAAGCUUGUCAACUGGGCGGGCCUUAACCAACAGCUGUUGGACACCUUCAACUCCUCAAAGAAGAAAACGGUGGCCAUUCAGAUCCACCCAGAGAGAAGAGACAAGAUAACGGUGGCUGGCUUCCAGAGUCCAGUGAAAGAGGUCAGCCACAGUCUGACAGAAUUCAUUGCAAACUACUCACGAGUUCAGGAAGCCAUUCGGGUCGAGUCCUGUGCUGUUGUUCAGUUCAUUGACAAGAAGAAAACAGAAGACUGGACAAGUAUAGCCAAAGCUAACGAUGUGGUAGUCCGUUUUGAUCCACAGAGGCCAAAAAUCACCUUUGCUGGUGCUCGCCUUCACGUCCAGAAAGCCAAAGUCUGCUUUCAGGAACUGGCUAACGCUCUCUCCACUGACAACUUCUCCGUGGACAAGCCUGGAGCCAAGAAGUACUUCCAGACUCAAGGAAGCUUGUUCCUGUCCACAAUCAUGUCAGAGUUCAGCUGUGUGGUCCUGCUUCGUCCAGAGAACCAAGAGGAAGAGGAGGAGGAGGAGGAGGAGGACUAUGAGAAGGUAAAUGGCCUUUGUUAUUGCAAAGUGAAGACCGCGAGUGGCGUUCUGGUUUCAGUCAGCAGGGCAGACAUCUGUAGCUUCGCCGUGGACGCGGUGGUCAAUGCAGCUAACGAGGACUUACAGCACAUUGGCGGUCUGGCUUUAGCGCUGCUCAAGGCUGCAGGACCACAGCUGCAGAAAAUCAGCAACGACCACGUGGCCAAAAAUGGAAAACUGCGCCCGGGUGACGCCAUCGUAACGGGUGCAUGCAACCUGCCAUGCAAGUGCGUCGUACACGCAGUCGGUCCGCGAUUCUCUGAAUCUGACAGGAAGACGUCGGUGUCUCGUCUGAGGUUCGCUGUUAAAAACAGUCUGACACAAGCGGAGAGAGCCAAGUGCUCCAGCAUCGCGCUGCCAGCGAUCAGCUCCGGUGUGUUUGGGUUUCCUGUCGAACUCUGUGCAGAGACCAUCACUCAGGCGGUGCGGGAGUACUGCGACAGUCCGGGAGGUCCAGGAUCGCUGAUGGAGAUUCACCUGGUGGACAACAGUGACAACACCGUGAGACUCCUGGCCUCGGCCGUCAACAGAGAGUUCAACGACCUCGGGCCUACGAUGACCGUCCCACAGCCGGCAGGAAGAGGCAGCACCGGAGCUUCAGGCGGUCAUCAGUGGGGUCGAAGUCAAAGCGAGUCGCCCAGCGGCCGGCGGUUUGGUGGAGGACAAGGAGCUGGAGCUGGAGCUGGAGCUGGAGCUGGAGCUGGAGCUGGAGCUGGAGCUGGAGCUGGAGCUGGAUUCCGGGAGAGUCGUAAGGGAGGUCAGAGCCCUAAAGGACACGCCUGGCAUGGAGGGUCGGGCAGGGUGGAGCAGACCACAGCUGAGGGUCUGAAGAUUAUUCUGCAGAUUGGGAACAUUGAGGACCAGACUACUGACGUCAUCGUCAACACCAUCUCUGAGGACAUGAACCUGAGCCAGGGAGCUGUUUCCAAAGCCAUCCUGCAGGCAGCCGGGCCUCGCCUGCAGUCAGCUGUUCGGUCUACAGCCAGAUCAGUCACGCUGCCGUACGGAGACGUCGUCAUGACCGACGGCUGCAACCUCAAGUGCCAGAAAGUCUUUCAUGCUGUGUGCCCGUUCUGGAACAACGGAAACGGCCAGGCAGAGGAGGAGUUGAUAUCCAUCAUCAGAUAUUGUCUGGAGGAGGCAGAGAAAGGUCGGAUGAGUUCGCUGUCCUUCCCGGCCAUCGGCACGGGAAACCUGAGCUUCCCCAGUGACGUGGUGUCCAGAAUCCUGCUGCAGGAGAUCCAGGCGUUCAGCCGCAGACGGACUCCUCGCCAUCUGAGGGAGGUGGCCGUCGUCGUUCACCCGGGUAACAGCCAAACUGUGGAUUGUUUCACCAGGCAGUUCAAAGGUCAGACAAUCCAGAGAAGUGUCCGACAUGGAGCUCAGGAAAUUAGAUCGUCGCCAGUCAGCCAAUCAGUCAGCCAAUCAGUCAGCCAAUCACAGCAGUCCACAGCCUCCUUCGGCCCGGUGUCGUCCCCCUCCCUCGGUGUGUAUCAGAUGCAGAUGGGUCAGCUCACCCUCGAGGUGUCAUCGGGAGACAUCACCAAGGAGGCCUGUGACGUCAUCAUCAACUCCUCCAAUCAGGACUUUACCCUCAAAUUAGGAGUGUCCAAGGCGAUCUUAGACAGCGCUGGAUUAACCGUUCAGCUGGAGUGCUCAAAGAUUGUGAGCUCUCCAGGUUACCAGCCUCGCCCGUUCAUCUUGACCUCGGCCGGCCUGCUGCCCAGCAGGUUCAUCAUCCACGUGGUCGGCGUCAACAACCCUGCAGAUAUUAAGGACCUGGUCUACGGGGUGCUGAAGUACUGCGAGGAGAACAAGUUAAGCUCGGUCUCCUUCCCGGCGCUGGGAACAGGUCAGGGCGGAGCCAACCCGGCGGCGGUGGCGGACGCCAUGGUGGACGCCAUGGUGGACUUUGUCAGGAAGAAGAACCGGAGGUUCGUCCGCAGCGUGAAGAUCCUGAUCUUCCAGACCGCCAUGAUGGCCGAGUUUCACAAGAGCAUGAAGAGGAGAGAGGGAGAGGAGGUGGAGGAGAAGAGCGUCUUCACCAAGAUCAAAAACUCGGUCACUUCGUUCUUCAUGGGCCUGGGGGAGGAGCGACCCAACCCAGAAGUCCUGGUUCUGGAGCGAGAGGAGUUUGAGCCCACAGUGUUCCAGCUGUGUGCUGACAACAGCACGGCUGUGAGGCAGGCUAAGAGAAGGAUCGAGGAGCUGAUCGUGGCCGAGCAGGCGGAGAGAACCAUCACAGACAAGUACAUCAGCAACCUGACGCAGGCCGACCUGGACCAGCUGAAGGCCCUGCAGAGGAAGCUGACAGUCAGCAUCCGUCUGGACCAGGGGCAGGAGGACCAGGAGCCCAAAAUCCUGCUGGAGGGUCUGACCAGAGACGUCUACACUGCCGAGUCUGAAGUCAGGGACAUCAUCCGGAAGGUGGAGAGGUCGGAGAACCUGAAGACCAAGGCCUUGAUGCUGAGGGGCCUGGUGGAGUGGCAGUUUGAGGACCGCAGCGGAGUGAUGGUGCCCUUUGACAUUUACACCAACCUGAGCCUGGAGGAGGCGCUGGAGAAGAGACAGCAGAGCGUUCCCAUCAAGAUCAACAACGACAAGUACAACGCUCAAGUACUGAUGAAGAAAGCGGUGUCAGCCAACAAGCGUAGAGAGGUGGAGCUCCUCAGGAAAGAGCUGAAAGAUGACGCCGCUCUGCCGUCACACUGGGACGACAUGAAGGGCGACCUGCACAAACUGUUUCCUCUGAGCCCCGGAUCCAAAGAACACAACGACGUGGUGGCAAAACUCACAAAGACCGGCCUCACUGUCAACAUCCUCAGAAUUGAACGAGUCCAGAAUGCAACGCUGUGGCAGAGCUACCAGCUGAUGAAGAAACAGAUGGAGGUGAAGAAUAAACACACAAACAACGAGAGGAUACUCUACCAUGGCACCGGAGCCAGCUCCAUCGAUCUCAUUAACGAUCGGGGCUUCAACCGCAGCUACGCAGGAAUUCACGGUGCGAUGUACGGCAACGGCUCGUACUUUGCGGUGGACCCGACCUACUCGGCUCAACGCUACGCCAAACCAGAUGCUAUCGGCCACAUGCGCAUGUACCAGGCUCGGGUCCUGGUCGGAGACUUCACCCAGGGAAGAAGUGGCAUGAUCACUCCGCCCUCCAAGACCUCGAAUGCUGCAGAUCUGUACGACAGCGUUGGAGAUGACAAUCGCAACCCGACCAUGUUUGUAGUCUUCAAUGACAUGCAGGCGUACCCAGAGUACCUGAUCACAUUCACAUGAGUCAGCCUACCAUUACACUUCACCUCUGAUUAAUAUGUACCUCUAUUAUUUGUCUUGUACUUUAAAUCAGUAGUCUACAAAACCAUUUAUAAAAUCUAUAAUAAUCGAUAACAUUGCGUAUUUCCUGCAGGUGCAGUUUUUCUUGUUUUCUGUAUUUGUUUUCUAAACACUAGCUAGAUGAAAACAAAAGCAUGUAUGUCAACAUUUCUCUUCAUUUGAAAUCGCUCACAUUGUUAUUUCUGUUAUGAAAUCUAGUCUGAAAAACUGAUUAAUAAAGGACUUCUGCCACAA